GAGCAGUAGCUAUUACUACAGUCCAUUCAAAACAAAAACAAAAACAAAAACAAAAACAAAAACAAAAACAAUAAUCAGUGUGGUCUGCCACACACUUUCUCUCUCUAGUCUCAACACCAAGCAAGCAAGCCAAGUGCAAAUCUGAAGGAAUGGCAGACUACGAGCAACAGCAGCACAUGAUCCCCAAAGAAACAGCCCUCCAAGCCCUCAACACCAUAAUCCAGCUCCACUUCGAGAAAACCCUCGAGAAAAAGCGCGCCGUGGAUCUCCAAAAAAAGGAGCUAUGGAAGCUCUUCCACCUCUUCUUCCUCUUCCUCGGCCUCGUCUUCGCGGCCCAGGCUCAGGCCUCCCCGCGCCUCCAGUGCCGCCACUGCUGGGUCCCCAUCGGCCUCCUCUCCAUGGCCCACCUCAUCUUCUACGUCUCCGUCGCCCAGACGCUCCGCUGCAUCAACGGCUUCAAGUACCAGCGCCGCUGCCACAAGCUCACCCUCGGCGUCGCCACGGAUCGGCUCCGGCGACUCAAGGAGGCCGGCGCCGGCGCGGUGGAUGAGAUUGAGGAGCUGGAGAUCCACUACCAGGAGCCGCCGGAGAGCUAUUUUGGUAAGUUUAAGAGGAAUUGGGCGCUGCAUUUUGGAUUCUUGAUCUUCAUUUAUGGAUUUAUGGUUUCCUCUUCCGUUGUAAUGCUCUGUUAUUAGUAAUUUAGUAAGUACUACAUUGUGGAUUGGAUUGGAUUGGAUUUCAUUUGGGGAUCUUUCUUACUACUAAAUUACUAAUUGCUUAAUUCCA